UCAAAAAGAAAAAAGUGAUCACUCUCCACUUUCCAAUGGCUGCCAACUCAUCGAAAUGUUGACAGACGUACAUUGACUUUCUUCGUUGUUUCUUAAAGCUUUUACAAUAAUAUUUACUUAUAAAAAAAAAAAAUUAUUGGAGUUAUUCAUUAAUAGUAGUUGUUAUUAAAUAUGAGUUCAUUUUACUACCCUAUUUGGGUAUUACUUUUGGUAAUAGCCAAUGUACAAAGUAUAAUGUUUCACUUAGAGCCGAAUGGGCGAAAAUGUUUAAAAGAAGAACUUCAAGCAAAUGUUCUGGUAACUGGAGAAUAUAAAAUAUCUGAGGCACCUGGUCAACGCGUUGAUUAUACUGUUACAGACUCUAAAGGGCAUGUACUUGCUCGUAAAGAAGAUAUUCCACAUGGAAAAGAGUGGAAAUUUUCAUUCGUUACUGAAAAUGUAGAUACUUUUGAAAUUUGUUUUGUUUCGAAUCUUCCAAUUCAUCAACAAGGUAUGACCCAAGAAGUUACUCUAAUUACCAAGCAUGGUAUUGAAGCUAAAAAUUAUGAAGCGAUGAUUGGAGAAGCUUCGAACUUAAAACCAAUUGAAGUUGAGCUCAAACGUUUGGAAGAUUUAUCAGAAAGUAUUGUUUUAGAUUUUGCAAGAAUGCGUCAAAGAGAAGAACAAAUGCGAGAUACAAAUGAAGCAACAAAUGCUCGGGUUUUAUACUUCAGCAUAUUCUCAAUGUGUUGUUUAUUGGGUCUAGCAACUUGGCAGGUCUUUUAUCUGAGGCGUUUUUUUAGAGCAAAAAAGCUUAUAGAAUAAAAAAAAUUGAUUGAUCGUAAAAAAAUAAAAAGAAAUUUACUGCUUGUACAUUGAU